UACUAUGAUGACAAGGAGUGCAUGUGUCGCGCGUUCAAUUAUGGCGGCUGCGAAGGCAACAGUAACAACUUCGCUUCGAACACGUUAUGCAUGAGCGCAUGUGGCAAUUCAAGCUGCCCUGUCUACAACCUUCCGGAUGUUACCGGGCCAUGUAAAGCUGCUUUUCCGCGUUAUUUCUACAACGCACAGACCUGUAAGUGCGAGGAUUUCAUUUACGGAGGAUGUGCGGGUAACGGCAACCGCUAUGAAACCAUAGAAGAUUGCUAUGCUGUAAGUGGAUCGGUCACGUGUCCAGUAUGUAACCUGCCGCCGAAUCGCGGACCGUGCAAGGCGAUGCUGGAACGCUGGUAUUUUGAUGCUUCGUCGUGCAAGUGUAAACAAUUCACAUACGGCGGGUGCGAAGGAAACUUUAAUCGAUUCCUGACCAAGCAGGACUGUGAGGGCUCUUGCGGAAGUUACCCAUGUCCGGUGUGCUCCAUAGAGCCUUCAGAAGGCCCGUGCAUAGGCGGUAUUGAUUACGAUCGAUGGUAUUACGAUAGCCAAAAUAACACAUGCAAGAAAUUCGUAUGGAGCGGGUUGUGA